GGGGGGGAAAAAAGAAAAAUAGACAACGAGGAGAACCCCAGCCAGUCUCCCCACCCUCCCCUCUCUCUCUCUCUCUCUUUGCCCCUCCAAUUUUCGUGUUUUCUCCCGAAUCCUUAACCCUAGUAACUUCAGAAUCCCCAAUCUCCGGUCUGCACGAUGGCCAUGACCUGAAUCAUCCAAGAGAAAUCAAAUUGAAUCGCCCUUUUUUGGAUUCGAUCCGAAAAUCCCUUUCAAAAAAGUGAAGAAAAGAUGCCGUCUCACGCGGAUCUGGACCGUCAGAUCGAGCACUUGAUGCAGUGCAAGCCGCUAGCUGAAGCAGAAGUUAAAGCACUGUGUGAGCAGGCCAGAGCGGUCCUUGUGGAGGAAUGGAACGUUCAGCCUGUCAAAUGUCCUGUAACUGUCUGCGGUGAUAUUCACGGUCAGUUCCAUGAUCUUGUCGAGCUCUUUCGAAUCGGUGGUAACGCUCCUGACACUAAUUACCUCUUCAUGGGCGACUAUGUAGAUCGAGGAUAUUACUCUGUGGAGACUGUCACACUUUUAGUGGCACUGAAAGUUCGAUAUAGAGAUAGGAUCACAAUUCUAAGAGGAAAUCAUGAGAGUCGUCAAAUAACUCAAGUGUAUGGAUUUUAUGAUGAAUGCUUGAGGAAAUAUGGAAAUGCCAAUGUCUGGAAACAUUUCACCGACCUCUUUGAUUAUCUCCCACUUACGGCCCUAAUUGAGAGUCAGAUCUUCUGCUUGCAUGGUGGUCUUUCCCCAUCUUUGGACACAUUAGAUAAUAUUCGUUCCCUAGACCGUAAACAGGAGGUACCUCACGAGGGUCCAAUGUGUGACCUCCUUUGGUCUGAUCCGGAUGAUCGAUGUGGAUGGGGAAUUUCUCCUCGUGGGGCUGGAUACACCUUUGGACAGGAUAUCUCUCAACAGUUCAACCACACUAAUGGGCUCACUCUCAUUUCUAGAGCUCACCAGCUUGUCAUGGAAGGAUACAAUUGGUCCCAGGACAAGAAUGUGGUGACAGUGUUCAGUGCACCAAAUUACUGCUAUCGCUGUGGGAAUAUGGCUGCAAUACUGGAGAUAGGGGAGAAUAUGGAGCAGAAUUUCCUUCAAUUUGAUCCCGCACCUCGACAGAUUGAACCCGAUACAACGCGCAGAACUCCUGACUAUUUUUUAUAAUUUGCAUAGCUUACCCUUGGUUGGCAAAUUUUUCAAAUUUAUGGUUGUGGUUUUGUAGAUGCAUCUUACAGAAUAGAGGAUUUUGGUGUUUACUUGAUGGAGACAAAGAAACAUCGUUAUUGUCAUUCUUUUGGUCAGUUUUUGUUCUAUGGUUUCCGCGUUCUUGUGAGUUUAUAAGUUUACUUACGUGGUUUUUGUCUUGUAUUUUAGGAAGUGAAAGAAACAGCAAUAACAGUGCAUUCAUCAUAUAGUUUACACCCCUUGGUUAAACAACUUCUGCAAGUGCUCGAUGAAAUUUUUCUUUUGAAUUGUUGAAAACUGACGGAGUGCUGUCAUUGGAACUAGUUUCUUUUGAUUUUGUUUAUCAAAA